GUCAAUACGCCAAAAGUUAUACGUGAUAAAAUUGUGCAAAUAAAAGUGCCCACCCUUGUAUUUUAUUUUACUUAAUCACAUAUGAUGAUAAUGAAAAUUCACUGAUUGAAUUCCAACCUUUUAGUAGCCAAUCUACGGUUAAAAACAUCAGUUAUCAACUUUCUUUUAAUUAAUGUGUUAAUAGCUCAAUCAUUGUGCGAAAAAUCUAUUCAUUGUUGCAGAAGUUAAUGUCCAAAUCAUACAAUUAAGUUUAAUUUGCAUUGUAUUAAUAUAUUCAUUUCUUGAUCAACUUCCAGAAUUAACUGCAAUACAUACUAUUGUUAUAAUGAUGGCUAAACCUUGUGCUGUGUUUUGGGACAUUGAAAACAUCGGUGUGCCAAAAGGACAAUCAGUUGCUUCUAUCAUCAAUCAGAUUCGGUCAACUAUAAUUAAACCUUACAAUUUAAAUGAAAUCUUUUUCUUUUGUAUCUGUGAUGUUCAUAGAUUACCUGCAAACGUUGGACAUUCAUUAAUAGCUCUGGAUGUUGAUAUUGUCCAAGCGUAUAAUGGAGUUAAAAAUUCAGCUGACAUUGUAAUAAUGGAUUUGAUGCGAAAAUUUGUUAAAUUUUCAGGACAAGAUUGUACAAUUAUAUUGUUGAGUGGUGAUGCUGAUUAUUAUGGUACUUUGAGUGAUCUAAAGAAGCUUCAUAAUGUAUCCAUUCAUCUUAUUAGACGCGUUAAUUCCUGGUCACCUAAACUUGAUGAAAUAUCUGAUUACACAUUCAUUUUGAAUGAUGGUGUAUUAAAGUUGAUUAAAUCAACUGGUGCACCAAAAUAUUUCAUAUCAGUCAAUAGUUAUUCUCUGAUAGCUAACAGUAAUCAAGUUAUGAAUGAAUUGAAUGACAUCGCCCAUGGAAGUAUUGAAAAUAGUGCCAUCCUCUACGGUAAUUUAAUUUGUAUUGGGUUUCCUUCUUUGAGUCUUGCUGAAAAGGCCAUCGAACAGCUAAAUGGAUGUCAAUAUCAUGAAAAAUUUUUAAAGGCUGAACUGAUAAAUGAUUCACCUUUAACUGAUAUUUUAAAAAGCAUCAAGAUUGAAAAGAGUAAGUGUACUAAAACUAAUAAAUGUUGUGAACUUAAACAGUUGACAUUCAUCAAGAUGAGCAAUUCUAGUAAACCCGAUGAUAGCAAAAUUAUAAAAUUUUGUAUCGCUUGUGCUGCAGAAUCAGGUAGUCAGUGUAUUUUAUCCAGUAAAUCCUUUUUUUGGAUUGUCUUCUCAUGCAAAGUUGAUGCACAAGAUUGUCUUUUAAAAGUCCAAAUUUUAUAUCCAGAUGCAGUCAUUUCUGAGCCACCUUCAGAUCUGACUUUACCAAGUUUAGAUAAUCCUUACGCUGUCAAGUUUUUUGACGAACAAACUUUCGUAUCUGUAGCUAAAAAAGUAGACAUUACAAGUAAUACUGCUCUUUGUCCACGGUGUGACUUGCCUUUACCAGGUUCAGAUAAUAAUUACUCCGUUAAACCUUGUGAUCAGGUCGUCAAUGCCUUGAAUAAUAUUCCAAAGAUAGAUGAAAAAGCACAGGAAACGAUAGUCCGAAAUACUGAAGUUGAAACUCCUUUGAAAGCGUUAAAAAUAAAGGCACUGGAUGCAUAUUCAGUAAGUCAAGUUAAUCAAAUAUUUAACAUCAAGUCUGAAAAAAAUAAUAUUAAGAAUACGAUCAUUGAUGCAGCCAAAUCAUCUGAAUCAAGAAGUGUCAUAAAGCACGAGUUACCCGUUUCUUCAUCAGUCUCACAAGUGAAAUCCAAUUUUAAAAUGUUUUUUCACUGUGAAUCUCCUGUUAACACGAAUCUUUCAACUAAAUGGUCUUUACUUUAUAAUCUGUUUGAGAAAUCAUACGAUUUAGGAGCUAAAAAAGUCAUUUUCGAUAGAAAUAUAUUCUGUUUGCACUUCGAUUCCAAAAAAAGUUAUCAACAAAUGCUUGACAAGAAGGAUUCACUUGAUUUGCGAGGUUUAAGAAUCUUAAAUGUUGAUUCACUUGAACAGCAAAUUACGAAAAAAAUGAUUUUUUAUCCUUCUAGCAAUCCUUGGUGUUUGAGUCAAGAGCUUGACUUACAUUGCAUUUUAAUUAAAUUAGCUGAUGAAUUUCACUCAAACUUUAUUGAUGAAAGCAAAGGCUUUUUAGGGAAUCGUGAAUGCAUUUUCAUCAAAUCGCUCUCAGAAGAGAUCUGGAUAGGUUUUCCUGAUGCAGUUAUUUGUGAAGAUUCAUGUAGACAUGUACUGAGGUUAUUGCAGUAUCCAUACAAAUCUGUUGAAAAGGCUAAGCCUUCGAAAGAGCUUUUGGAAUCAAUUGUUCUUGACGAUUUGGUUGGAGAUGCUUAUGAUUUAGCAUUUCUUUCAAAUGAAUUUCAUUUAGGUCAAGAGUUGAAUGAGAAGUCACAAAUACUUCAGAUCAUGGAUUCGUGCCUUGAACCGGAUAAGAGAUUGAGUUACGUGCAAGUCGAAGGUGGAUUUAUGCGCUGGCCUGGUUGGUCUCAGUUGAACCUUUCCCAAAUAAUCAAACUCCUGAUCAAGUUUGCCAAAGUUAUACCCAUUGCUGGAAUAGCAUCAAUGAGGCAGGUUGAUUUCAUUUUCAAUUCAUGGGUUGAAGCAAACACAGCAUGUCAUUUCAUCAAUAAUUUAAGAUAUGAUGAAGUCUGUUAUUGGCAAUCGCUACCCAGAGCUGGAGAAAUGGAGAAACCAGCUAAUGAAUGGUUCACGACAUCUGAGUAUUAUAUCAUUAAUGAUCAACGAAAGAGUCAUCAUGAAGAAUCUACAAUAUUUACUCGUGAUUUCACCCGAAACUGGAUCAAAAUUUACUCCUUCUAUGAUCUCAAUAAUCAAAAUGAAUUUGGUACAAAUGGACUGUCCAACUUGUAUUGAAUUCGAAGAUAAAAUUUGGGUUGGGGUUGAUAAUUUAAAGAAAGGAAACAAAUUAAAGGUUAGAAUUGGUAAGUUAAAGUUCAAAUUAGUACAUGAGAAGGAC